AUGCACCUCGCCCGGACAACGUGUCGCCUGCAAACAGCACUCCAGAUCGAGGUGCGCAACCGUUGCCGCGACGGAUUUAGCCCGCCGUCUGGUACGCGUCUAGGCUAUUUGUAUUUGGGUCUUGGCAUUGGUCAUUCGGCGGUCUGGCGGCCGAUCGGGUUGAACGACACCGGAGACAAUGCCGUGAUGAGCGGGAAACGAACGCGGAGCUAUAGAUGUGCAGUACACCAGCGAGAUCGCGAGGUCAGCUCCGAGAACGACUUCCAUCUGCUUCUUGAAGAUCCAACCUUAUUCGCCAGGAUGGUCCAUUUGGUGGCGAUGGAGGUCCUCCCGGAGGAGAGGGACCGGAAGUACUACCAGGAGCGGUACACGUGCUGUCCACCGCCACUCUUCAUCAUCUGCGUAACGCUUUUGGAGCUGGGCGUGUUCGCUUGGUACGCGUGGGGCUCGGGCGGGGUCGCGGCUGCCGCCGGGCCGGUGCCCGUCGACUCGCCGCUCGUGUACCGGCCCGACAGGCGGCGCGAGCUCUGGAGGUUCCUCACCUACAGCGUGGUCCACGCCGGCUGGCUGCACCUCGCCUUCAACCUGCUCGUUCAACUGGCGGUCGGUCUACCGCUGGAGAUGGUGCACGGCGCAGUGCGCUGCGGCGCCGUGUACUUGGCGGGCGUGCUAGGCGGCUCUUUAGCGGCUUCGGUGCUCGACCCGGACGUGUGCUUAGCGGGCGCGUCCGGCGGCGUGUACGCACUGCUCGCCGCGCACUUGGCGAACGCGCUGCUCAACUUCCACGCGAUGCGGUACGGCGCCGUGCGGCUGGUGGCCGCGCUGGCGGUCGCCUCGUGCGACGUCGGCUUCGCGGUGCACGCGCGCUACACCAAGGAGGCGCCGCCAGUGUCGUACGCGGCGCACGUGGCGGGCGCCCUGGCCGGCCUCACGAUCGGCCUGCUGGUGCUGAAGCACGCGCAGCAGCGCCUCUGGGAGCGGCUGCUCUGGUGGGCGGCGCUCGGCGCCUACGCGGCGUGCACGCUCUUCGCGGUGCUGCACAACCUGCUCGCCGCGCCCGCGCCCGACCUCCACUACCUGCCGCCCGACCCGCCCGACGUCGGCUUC